AUGUUGCGCUGGCUUGGCCACAUGCUGCGUAUGCCAGUCGACCGACUCUCUCGAAGGGCUCCUUUCGCACAACCAUGUGAAGUGUGGAAGAGUGCCAGAGGCGGCCAAACUCUCAUGAAUAUAUUUUUUGAUUGCAAAGCAAAACUCAAAGCUAUGCUCUUUUCAAAAUUUCGUCACUCAAACGAUGCAUCGGUUACAUCGGAUAUGAGGAGAAAAGUGGCCAGUAAAACGGUGAAUGCACGCAUGUUUAACCUGAAAAACGGAAACGUGACACACUCAUACUUAUGUGGACAAAGUAUCAACGUGCAAGCAGAUACUAAUGGAGAAACGAUUCCGGUGUUCAAGCACCUCCAGGAUUACACGCUAUACUUGACAUCAGACCGAAAAUCGUACCUCUUAUAUCUCAACUGCCGAAGUGCUUUUCAAUCCAUACCUCCCACACUGACUGGCAAAGCAACUUGGAGCAAAUAA